AUGAGCGAGGAUACAAUUCGUGUGGCCAUCCGCAUCCGACCACUGGUUCGGACAGAAAUUGAGAAAGGAUGCCAAACGUGUCUCACGGUAAUUCCUGAAGAAUCACAGAUUCAAGUAAGAGGGACUGAAAAAGCCUUCACGUUCAACUAUGUAUUUGCGCCAGAGGUUGAACAGGAUUCUUUUUAUAAGACCGCUAUUCAAGAUAUGGUGAAAAAUGUUUUCCAAGGAUAUAACGUAACAAUUCUGGCUUAUGGACAAACCGGAAGUGGGAAAACACACUCAAUGGGCACGAAUUAUGUCCAUGGGGAACAGCCAGGGGUUAUUCCCAGAGCCGUGCAAGAUAUUUUUGCUAUAAUUAAUUCGAAGCAAGACUGGAUUUCUAACGUAACCGUUUAUUUCAUGGAACUGUACCAAGAACAAUUAUACCAUCUGUUAUCAAAAAAGCAACGCAACCAAUGUAUAGUGGAUAUCAGAGAAGAUUCAAAAGGUGUUAAGGUUGCAGGGUUAACGGAAGUCAAUGUUACAAAUGCUGAAGAAACUCUGCAAUGCUUAACACAAGGUUCUUUGGGUCGAGCGACUGGAGCAACGGCAAUGAAUGCGUGUAGCAGUCGUAGUCACGCAAUUUUUACCAUCACUAUUUACCAGCAGAAAAGAGAUGAUCCCAAUACUGCGACAACUGCGAAAUUUCACCUUGUCGACCUAGCAGGAUCGGAACGCAGUAAAAAGACUCAGGCCACAGGAGAAAGAUUCAAAGAGGGCGUUAAUAUAAAUAAGGGUCUCCUAGCUCUGGGAAACGUAAUAUUCCAAUUGGGUGAAGGUGGAAGUCACUUUUACAUUGGACACCGUGAUAGUAAGCUCAUGAGGCUCGUUUUAUCGGAAAGUACUAGUACAGUUUUAUGGUUAAUGUACAGUAUCACCGAAAAACUANUCAAGUGCCUCCUGUCCAAG